GCGAUUCGUGGAGCGGUCUCCGGAGGUCGUCGUCACCGUCUUCCUCCAUUUACUAUUUUGAAUAAAAAUUGAAAAAAAAAAAUUAUUCCUCCUUUCGUCUUCCUUCUCUUCGGCAUCAGCGUCGCCUCAUCUCAUCCCUCUACUUUGUGAGCGAAAACGGGGUGGGAAGAGAAGGGUGAACUGCACAUCGAUUCGUCUGUGGUGCGAGGACGGCCGCCGUUCAGGUGGUGGUUGUCGCGAUCGGUGAAACCCUAGCGGAGUAAACGAGGAUGAGAUCUCGUUCGAUAUCAGUGGGAACUCAUGUCGGAGCUGGACUCAUCUUGAUUGGAUCUGUAAAAUCCGUGUUCCGCCGUCGGGAUCAUCGGUGACAUUGGCUGCCGGGCACUCGUCGCGGUGGCUUCGAUUUCUAGGGCUCCUUUUAGUUCCGCUGGGCCUGUCGUAGGGUGCUAGGAAGGCGGGCGAUGGGGGGUUCAGAGGGUGGAGAUGGAGGAGGGAUCGGCGUCGAUUGCGGCGUCGGGACGAUCGUUUGGGUGCGACGGAGGAACGGAUCCUGGUGGCCGGGGAGGAUUCUCGGGCAAGAAGAGCUUUCGGCGUCGCAUCUCAUGUCCCCGAGGUCAGGGACGCCAGUCAAGCUCCUGGGUAGGGAGGAUGCCAGCGUUGACUGGUACAAUCUGGAAAAAUCAAAGCGUGUUAAGUCAUUUCGCUGUGGAGAGUUUGAUGCUUGCAUUGAGAAGGCUGAAGCUUCAUUAGGAGUACCUAUCAAGAAACGGGAAAAAUAUGCCCGCAGAGAAGAUGCUAUUCUUCAUGCUCUUGAACUUGAGAGAAAGCAGCUUGAGCUAAAGCAACCAAAACAAGCGAUUAUCUCAAAUGGAAUUACCAGCAAGCCUUUAGGUACUCUGAAGAUAGAGUUUAAUAACUUGUCAUCUUCAGAUAAAUUUGCCAGAAAUGAUGAAUCGUCAUUUCAAAGUGAUUGUGCCGUUCGCAAAGCUCCACUUAUUAGAAAACCAGGUUCUGACGAUAUAGUCGGAGGUACAAGUCAUGUCAAUGGAGAUAAAAGUAAUUUGACAAUCAAGAGUAAAAGGUCACAUGGUGGAUUUUCUGAAGAGUAUUCAGUCAAAAAACGUGAUAGACGUCGUCCACUUGUUCAAGUUCUACAAACUAGUGCAAAGAUACCAGCAUCUCAUUCUUCUCGUUUUGAUUGUUAUCCUUAUGAUUUCUCAUUGAAAGACGAGCAAAUCCAUAUGGGUAUUUAUCAGGAAAAACAAAGUAGCUGCAUCUAUCUUUCUGCUGAUUCAAUUGUCUCACAGAAUGAUAGAGAUAAUUCUUCUGAAGAAACUCAAUCAUUGUCAGACAAGUGUGGUUUCAAUCAACCUGGUUCAAUGGCAGAAGAUUGCUCAACUUCUGAGAUGAGUUUGACAAAUGAUUCAGAUACUUCUCCAAGGGAUUACUUGGACACUGAGAUGGAGGGACAUAUCUCAGGAGAUACUGGUCGAUCCCUUGGAUCAAAAGAUUGUGACCCUCCUCAACAUUGUGUUUCAGAUGAAUUCGAAGAGAUGGGCAAUGAUGAAGUGCCUUCUUCCAGCAUCAUAUCCAACCUUCAUCCUUUUGAACAAUCCGCAGCCGACACUACUGGGGCCGGAAUCUGUAAAUGGCAUAUAAAAGGAAAACGCAACCACCGUAGUGUAGUUAAGCUGCCAAUUGAUGGAAUGGAUGGCAAGAUCUGCAUUAUGAGUUCAGAUAAAUGGGAUUGUUCUAUGAGGGAAACAACUAAUGUAAUCAGGUGUGGUAGUUCAAAAAUGGAGAUGGAACCUUGCAGACAGAAGGCUCUUGAUCAAGGUUUGUACAUAAAAAAGGAGGUUAGUUAUGCUUGUGAUGAGGUUGAUUUGAUUCGUGAAGAUUUCCUUCACGAGCAGGAUGAGUACAGAAGACAAAGACAUAAACUGGCCUCUAAAGCAGCUAGGGAUCUUGGGCGAAACCAUAUUGGCUUUAACAAUUUGGAAGAUGAUUCUCAUUUGAUGUCAACAUCAGGCUGGGAGGCUGAUGAGCCACCUUAUGGACUUGAAGGUAAAUACUGGGAAGACUCUGACGAGUGUUAUGAUCCUGUAUAUGCUGCUCAUGCCAUGAGAGAUAUGGGAACCAUUUUGUAUGAUGUUGACCUGAAAGUUAAAGCCAGCUAUCAAGGCGAGCGUGUUCCUUUGGUUUCUUUGAUGAGUAGGUUGAAUGCAAAAGCAAUUGUAGGGCACCCCAUCCAGAUUGAAAUAUUAGAAGAUGGUUGCACAUGUGAAUACUUGUGCAUCAAUUAUGCUAAUACUGAUGAAAAUACAGCUAACCAACCAGUUUGGAGGACUGCAAGAAGAACAGUUAUGCAACGAGUUCCUCGUUCUCAUCCAGUUGCAUCUUCUUUGGAAGAUGGUGAAGCUGUGGGGUCAAGAUAUCAAAAUGCAUCUCCUUCCUUCAUAUAUCCCAAUCCUUCUCAGAAUGUACCUAAGGUAGCAAAUAAGAAAGUUUCUCAUCGCCACCAGCACCAAUUAUCAUCAGGAAAAAUUCAGAAAAAGUCCCAUAAGAGAGUAAGCUUGUCGAGCCAAAAAACUAGAGCACUAUCUUCUUUCACAAUUGAAAAAAGAUUUGGUGGUGGGGCUGUUAAGGUAUCACAUGCUAGAGGUAGCAAUAUGUUGGGCGGUUUGAUAAAACCUUCAGGGCAAGUGCCUUCUGUUACAUGUGUCCCUAUGAAGAUAGCCUUUAGUAGGAUUCUUGAAGCAAUUGGAAGGCCAUCAGCUUUGAGCAAUCGUGUCAGAAUAGCCAUCCAGCAAUGAAAAUAUAAUACAUCAUAGUUUACAGUUAUCAGCUAGAAGUUGUUGAUACUCUACGGUCCUGCAUUCCAUGCUUCAUAUAAACAAUUUGACUCUGCAUCCAAAGUGAAUGCUUCUGUCAACUGACUCCAUUAGAUCAGCGAUUAUGCCCAUCCGAACUGCUGCUGAUUGUUGUUGAUCGGUUAUAUAUAUAUAUAUAUACACCUGGUUAGGAACCUAAGGCAGUAUCUUGGUGGCCAUGGCUGGCUGCCCUUUAGCAAAGGGUCCGUGUGGAACGUGGUAUCAUGGAAUGCUGGUGUGCUUUUCUGUUCAAGAAUUCACCACCGUGGUUGUCUGACUUCUUGUAAAUUACUAACUGCUACCGUGAGUGUGUUCUAUCAUUCGGAAAUAUACAUGUUACAAAUUUCAUAAGGUCUUGUAGAAGAGCCAGUAUCUGUAAGAUUUAUAUCGGUACAAAGCUUGUUUAUUGUUCAAUGUUGCAACUGUUCGUGGAAGAGUACCAAAUCAUACCGUUCAGCUAAUGCUACUGCAUUUUAAAA